GGAACUGCGUUCUUAUAAGGAGCCCCGGGUGCGCGUUGUUCGCGGUCUGCUACUCAAGGUGUUAAGACUCGAUACGUCUUGAGACGGAGAUUCGCGGCCCAGAUAAGUCCGGAGGACAGGCGGCUUCAUGGAGCCCCAGGGGGCGCAUCUGCUAACUUUGGAGGCGCAGGGACCCGCGCCCUUGGAAGACCCCCCGCCAGCCCAGGACAUGCACUCCGCGGGGAUCCUCUCCAUGGAAGGUGGCAGGGACAGCGGUGACACAGAGGACUCCCGGAGCCGCGACGCCAAGCCCUGGUUCCCCGAGGAGGAGGCUGCCCUCCGGGAGCAGGAGGAUCUGCUGGAAUGCCGCCGCCGCGCGCGCUCCUUCUCGCUGCCCGCCGACCCGAUCUUGCAGGCAGCCAAGUUCCUGCAGCAGCGACAGCAGCUGGCCCUGGAGCUGGGCGCGGAGGGCGGCGAGAGGGCCGAGGACGCGCCGCACAGCACGGGUGGCUGCUGCGCCAAGUGCAAGAAGCGGGUGCAGUUCGCGGACGCGCUGGGGCUGAGCUUGGCCAGCAUUAAGCACUUCAACGAGGCGGAGGAGCCACAGGUGCCGCCAGCCGUGCUCUCCCGUCUCCGCAGCUUCCCCAUGAGCGCGGAUGACCUGCAGCAGUUCCCUAGCCUGCUGGCCGCCGCUGCCGCGCCCCUUUCCGCGCCGCCAACACGGCUCCGUCCGGUCUUUGAGCUUCCCGGCCCCGACGCCUUGGCCGAGCGCCUCCGGCGGCAGCGCGUGUGCCUGGAGCGCGUGCACUGCUCGCCUUGGGGCGCGGAGGUGACGGGCUCCGGCCGGGUGCUGGGCUGCCCCGGGCCAAGGACCGUGGCCGUUCGCUACACUUUCACUGAAUGGCGCUCUUUCCUGGACGUGCCCGCGGAACUGCAGCCUGAGCCAGCGGAGCUACAGCUGCAAGAGGCGCCAGCGGGAGAACCUGGGCCCGGCAGUGUGGAGAAGGAGCCGUGCGCAGAGCGCUUCCACUUCUCUCUGGGCCUGCCCCCGGGUCUGCAGCCCAAGGAGGGGGAGGAGAUGAACGCUCCGGAUGUAGCUGUCCACUUUGCAGUCUGCUACCGCUGCUCGCAAGGCGAGUACUGGGACAACAACGCGGGCGCCAACUACACGCUACGCUACGAGCGCCCGGCUGACGCUCUCUGAGCGGUCCGAGCGCGCUUCCAGGGACUGUGGGAAGGGAGCUGCGCCAAGUGACUUGCCUGGACGCCCUGCUGAGCGUCGUCCACCUUGAGUGAAGGGAUCAUGGAAGGAAGGGAGGGAGCUACUCAAUAGUAAAGUCGCACCCAGGCGGAUUCUGCGAGCAAGCCUGGUGAGCCCGGGCAAAGCACCCAACCUCUGGCCCUUGUUCUCGUUGUUCAGAAUUUCCUGGCCGGCCUCUUGACUUCUAAGGCAGAGACAGAAUGGAAAGAAAUCCACAAGACUCUCACCGGUAGAUUUCUCCAAGAAAAAGGCUCCUGACCCCUGAGCGAGGCUCUAAGACCUUGGGAAGUGUUUUUGACUGUAGACAUCGUGCUCAGCUUGCUCGAGACCACUCAGGUCUCAGCGGAAAAGACGAAGCAUCCUGCCACAUCCCUCCAAAGGAAGGUGCUGGACUGUGGGUGUUCGCGGGAGCCUUCCCUCGGGGCUCUUUCUCAGAGAAAAUCGGAUGGGGCCUUGGCCCGCUGUCCUUUGCUCUUAACAGGACUCUGGGAGGCGUUUGUCCGGCCUUGACAUUCUUUACUUGUGCCUUUGUACAAAUGUGCUUUUAAAAAGUAAAAGCCGCUUGCACACCCUUUAUGCUGCACUUUAUAAUUCAGCUCAUGGGGUUUUGGGAGGUCUUGGCGGGUAGGCGAGCUUCCUCAGCUGAUGACGUGUGCAGUUUAACAGUAGUUAAGCAGUGGUAAUUCUGAAUUUCCUUACUUCGAUCCCUCCUGUCAGUCGUAAAGGCCCAAAUUUCUCAGACUGAGCAAAAAAUAUUCUUUAAUAUGUUUCGUGGCAGGGUCUGUCCCCCUCCAGAAUAAGUGAAUUGAAACGUCAGAGUAGUAAUCCGGUGGGCCUUGGCUACGGGAGCUCGUCCCCAACCCCCUUCGUGCAGGCAGAGCACAGAGCUUGGGUUCUUCCAGGCCAUUAGCAGUCAGCGAAGCUGGACCCAAGCUCAGCGGAUGGAGGAUGAAAAGUUGGCCUUCUGUCCCACUCGGAGCCACAGCGGGUAGCAGUGAUGUGAUGGAUGAUGAAACGUACCCAGCGAGUAAAUGCGCUUAUCCAGCUGGGUGCCCCGCGCACACACGGCAGGACUGGACUCGGAUGUGGUCACCCUUCAUUCACUGCUGAUGGCUGUGGAUGUCCAGAUGGGGCGGCCGUGAAUGAGCAGGACGAGUGGGCAUCCUGGGUGAGGGCUCCGUUUCUUUACCCCUCGGUCAUCCCUUGGUAAUUCAUUGGUCUUUCUUUAGUUUUUACAUUUUCUUGCAAUGACUGGUACCACACACUUGUUUUGUAAUGGUGAU